CAAAAACUGAUUGAGAAAAAGAAGAAAUGAUUACUCCCUACCGGAACAAGUGCUUUCGGCUGCCACAUAUCAACAUGGCUGAUACACAAGGUGUUCUGGCAAGGCGUUGCCUACAUCUUCACAGCGACUUUAAGUUUCUUGUUCUAUAAUCGUUAGCAAGUAGUUUCCCCAAAGAAAUUAACUAAGCGAUGGUUAGGCUCUUGGAGUCCAGAGUUUUUAGUGACAGCAAGUAUCUAGGAUGCCGCGCAUAAAGCAUGUACACCUCUUUCUUCUAGUAGUAGGAGUUUUCUUGGUCUGGAAUAUUGUUACCUAUUACACACUGGUCAACAAAAGCAAUGCAAAGCAGGAACAAAGUGUAGAAAAACUGCUGGAGGUAAGACUGAGCAAGCUGCAGGCUCGUAUAUCUGCCCAGCUAGAGCAGAAUAAACAGCUUUUGCAGCAACUUCAAGGUCAGAUAAAAAAUGAUAAUGCUGUAACACAAGAGACAGUGAAAAAGGAAAUAACAAAUGAACGUGAUAAAAUCGAAGAUGACACCGUGACUGAGUGGCCAGAAGCUAAAGUCAUUCCUGUGCUGAUGAUUGCCUGUGAUCGCCCAACUGUUAGUCGCAGUCUAGAUAAGCUGCUGGAACAUCGACCGUCUGCUGAAAAAUUCCCAAUAAUUGUGAGUCAGGACUGUGGGCAUCAAGAAACAGCAAAUAUAAUCCAGUCCUAUGUGACAAAUAAGAAUAUUUCAGGAAUUGCUCACAUUAAGCAUCCUGACCUCAGUGACAUUAAGCUGGACUGGCCACAGAAGAAGUUUUCAGGAUAUUACAAAAUAGCACGUCAUUACAAGUGGGCACUGAACCAAGUCUUCAAUGUCUUCAAUUUUUCUGCAGUCAUUAUUGUUGAAGAUGAUCUUGACAUUGCUCCAGACUUUUUUGAAUACUUUUCUGCAACUUACAAACUGCUUCAUAGUGAUCCUUUACUGUGGUGUGUAUCAGCAUGGAAUGACAAUGGCAAGGCUGAAUUAAUUUCUGAUAAAGAAGCUGAGAAGCUCUACCGCACAGACUUUUUCCCAGGGCUGGGUUGGAUGAUAGAACGCAAGAUCUGGAUGGAGUUAGAAAGCAAGUGGCCACAAACGUUUUGGGAUGACUGGAUGCGACAUCCAGAACAACGUAGAAAUCGUGAAUGUAUACGACCAGAAGUUUGUCGCACAAGUACCUUUGGCAAGAAAGGUGUCAGCAAAGGUCUGUACUUUGAUCUACAUUUGCGAUUUAUACAUCUUAACAGUAAAUAUGUGCCAUUUACAAGCAUGGACCUGUCAUACUUGCAAAAGGAGCAGUAUGAUAGUGACUUUGUAAAGACAGUUUAUGAGGCUCCACCACUCAGUGCUGAAGAAGUAUUUGGUGGUCUUCAUCCUGAGGAGAGUGCCGUUCGAGUUCAGUAUACAACGAAAGAUGACUUCAAACGCAUUGCCAAAAUGCUUGGAAUAAUGGAUGACUUUAAGGCUGGAGUUCCUCGUGCUGCCUACCGUGGUGUUGUUAGUUUCAUGUUUAGAGGGCGACGGGUAUAUGUAGCGCCUCCUUCCGACUGGACUGGAUACGACACAACAUGGACAUAAAAGUUAUAGGAUUGCUAAAGAUACAUAUUUCUGUGCUCAAAUAUGUUAAAUUAAAAAGAAAUAUUCAAGUCCUAGGGUUGUCUUUCAUGUCAAUCGCAAGAAUCACUUUCGCCUACUUUCAGGUGAAAGUGUUCACUAAGAGGCAUGCAAAAUCACUGCGUAUGUUGCUGAGGAGGAGAGGACACUAUUUGAUGAGAGCUAUAAAAGUUUGUGAAAGUUUUCAGUUGACAUAGUGUAAACCUUGUGGAGAUAAAUCAUUCUUCUAGAACUACAAAGUUUAUAUAUAUUUAAAUGUAUCAUUCAUCUUUAAACGAUACAAAAACAUCUUGAAUGUGACUGCGUAUCAGGUAUUAUCAUGGCUUUCUCUGUAGGUUUUCAGGAAGAUGGCAUUUUUGUACCAGCUAAUGCUUCUGCAGUAACAAUUGAGAAGAAACUCAUUCAGCAUGAUGAUUUUAUACGGUAGUAAAAGUUUUAAUAGGCUUCUUCUGCCUCACAAAAGAAGCAGCAGCAUUGUGUCUGGUCAUGUGAUGUGGUCCAUUAAUUCUGUGAUCUGUGAUCCUGCAUCUUACCAUCACCCAAGACAGCAUGCAAGUUUGUGCAAAAGAGCAAUAGAUUUGCAAUAUUAAUUUGGAAGUUUAUUUUGUGGUCUUCGCUGCCAUCAUUUUUACUGUUCCUACAAAUUACUGACAUACUUUCUAUUUUUAUAGAUGUUGGUGUCUUGUUUUCUUGUUUUGUAUUAACAGUAGCUGAAAGCAUCAUCAACACAGGGUCUAUGCCACAGAAGAGAUCAUGAGAUGAUUGUCUACUUGUAGCUUUAUUCAGUCUCUUAAUAUUGUUUUAGCCUCCUGCUUAUAUUUUCUGUCUUACCUUUUUCUUUUUCAGCACAUCCCUUAUUUCUGUGUGCCGUUGUCUUGAUUUUUUUCAGAGGAAGAAACAAAUUUUGUACUUCAAGAGUCUGUGUCCUUUGUCAGAAUACAGCAUCUGUUGUAUUUUCAUAUUUCAUUUACCAAAAAUUUCAUUGCAGACUGUCUUAUUGUUAAUUACCAUCACCAUCCAUACUUUGGAAAUAUUUUUAUGGAACUUUUUCAAUUGAAAAAUGUGACCAGAAAUGCCAACAUAUAAGGUUUAAUAUCACUUUGCAAUCAAAGAGAUUAUUAAGUUAACUGAUUCAUUUUGGAGUAGCAUUUGACCAAUAGCCAUGUUAUUGAAAAGUUUGUCAUUUGUGUCAUUUCUGUUUUAUCUACAUUAUUAUCUUUUAUUUUUUUAUACUCAGCAUUUGUGGUAGACUAACAAUACAUUUUGAUAGUUCUUCAAUAAUCAAUCACAUUAAGUAUUCAUAACAUAGCAACAUGCAUGCAAUGUACACAAAAACACAUAGGUUUAUUUAACAGCUAUUGCCAUAUCCAGGAUAUAAAAUAUUUUAGAUCCAAUAGAUGAGUGUAUAUUCCAUACACACACAAAAUUCUGUAAAAGUUAAAUUUUUGCUGUUCUCAUACUGUGAAGAAAAUGUCAUGUAUGAUGGGUGAUAAGUAUGUUUCUCACAUUAGACGUUCUGUAUACUAUGAUCUCCAGAAGAUAAACUCCAUUUACCAUACUCUGUCCAUCUCAACCACCAAAAUUCUCAUCUGCUCAUUUGUCCUGUCUAAAUUAGAUUAUUGCAACUCUUUUCUUGCUGGCUGUCCACAGUACCUCAUCCACAAGCUUCAGAAAGUCCAGAACUCAGCUGCUUGUCUCACUUUCCAGACUCGCAAAUCGGAACAUGUUGCACCACUUCUUCAUUAUCUUCUUUAUUGGCUACCAGUUAAAGCUAGAAUAGACUACAAGCUCUCAACUCUGUGCUGUGGAUUCCUUGAAGGCUACUCCCCCCCACUACUUUACUGAAAUCUUGUUUGUCCACACUCCUGCCCAAAACCUUUGCUCUUCAUCAGACUUAUUCCUCCCUCUCUCCCACAAAGACAACCACAUAUGGACAACGGACCUUCUCCCUUCAUGCUGCUAAGCAGUGGAACUCUGUUCCAUAUCACAUUUGCCACUUUAACUCUAAGACUACAUUAAAAUGCUCUCGGAAAACAUAUCUAAAUGAUGAUUCUUAACACCCUGGCAGUACUGUCUGUCAUGCUAACCAUCGUGUAACAACUCCAUCUUACAAUGUUUUUUAUACCUUCAUCCAUUGCUUUACAUUCUACUCCUGUACCUCAUCUUUAUGUUGUUCAUUGUCCUUAUAUGUACCUCACUGUCCACUGGCUGUUAUCUUUCAUUUAUCAUUAAUGGUAUGCUCAGAGAGUGUGAUCUAUCUUGGUCGUGAUGCUGCGCGUUUUAAGCUCACAUCAUCAUCAUCAUCAAUCACUUGCAAUUUCCAGAGUAGUGUUUUUAUAACCAUAUUUCUCUGUUUUGGUUGAGGCCUGGUAAAUCAUUAGUUACAUUUCAUAAUUGUGUGUUGUGUCAGAGACAAUAUUUCAUCUGUGUAUCAAGGGCAAACUGCUGUUUUUAUAUUAAGUGUUUUGUUGAAACUGUUGUUACUCCAAUUCUUUGACAUCAUCAGUUUGCAUUGUCUAUGCAUUUUUUUUUUUUUUUGGUACUGUUCCAGAAGCUUACAUGAGCUUUAGAAGGAACUUUUAAUGGAUGAGGGUCUGUAUUUAUUUUGUGUUUGACGUUCAGUUUUUCCUAUUGUUCAUGGUUGACAUAGUUUAAUACCUGCUUAUUAGUGAUUGAUGUCAGGUGCCAUACCUUGGCCCACUUGUGUCAUUUCCUCCACAGGUGUGUCACAUCUAGUCUCAGGUGUACCAUUCUGACGUUUGCAUCUUAUCCAACCGUAGCUCUUUCUUGAUUUACUUGAGAUAAUAGUUUUUGAUUUUGUAAAUUAUUUAUAAGAAAUUGUAGUUUCUGGAUGGUUGUAUUAAUAUAUCACAUUUUAAACUUUUAACCAAUUAAAUUAUUCUUCCAAAAUAAUUUACCCUCUAUGGCGAAGCACAUAGCUGAGUGUUUAGGAGACUGACAUUCAAACCUGGCAGCAUAGCAUGUGGCACAGUGAACUUCCCCUAUUCGAUCCAUCUUUUAGGAAUGGAUACCUGAUUGAGGGGAAGAUAAGACAGUGAGGGAGAGGAGAUGGGCACUACCCUCACAAAAAGCUGGCCUCAGGAAAAGUGUGGUUUUUAGCACUUCACUCCUCGACAACCAAAAAAGGUUAGGGGAUGACCUUUACAUUUGCCUUACCUGCUGCGUAAAAAUAAGCAUUUAGAAAAAGCUGGGAGGCUAUGCUUAAAAAAGUGAUUGAAAUCUGAGAUGGCAAGGAAAGUACCUUAAAAUGGAUAGGUGGAAAUGAAGUCUGAAGUGGAACAGCUUGUGCUUACUUUCCAGUUUCAGACCCUAAAGACUCUUAGACCUUCUUGAACUACAUUUGGAGGCCCCCACUCGCAGAAAAGUCUCUGGUGAGACUUUGAAAUGUCUUAAAUAGGUCUAAACCUAACCCUGAUCCUUUUUAAAAUAAGGGGUGAAUUUCAGCAUCUGUGUCUUUACUUUAGAGAACCUGCCAGUUUAAGCGUUAUUUUUAUGGCUUUCUUUUUUGUAUUGACAAAAUCGCGUCUGUAGAUGUGAAUGAAGAAAGCCUCCAUGAUACUCCUCAUUUUGUACAAAUGUGUAUACUUUAAAAAGCAGAAUUUUCUAAGUAACAGUAAGGAUUUAAAUUUGAAAAUGACAGUAUGUUUAAAAUAGUUUUUUUAUGGUUAUAUUAAUUAUUCACACAGGUCAAGAUUAUCCAGACUAAGGACUUAUUUAUUGUACCCAAGGUUUCCAAAAUAAUUAAACAAAAAAGGCACAAUGACUGCAUUCAUUAUUUGAUGCAUUGUUCAUUUUUCUUAUUUUAUUACAGUAGUUGAUGCAGAUCUUGUGGGAAUAUUUCAUGGUCAUGGUUGGUUAUUUGUCUAAAGCAGGAUUGGGGAAUGUCCAGCCUGUGGGCUGUAUAAGGCCUGCAAAAUCAUUUGAUCUGGCCCUGCCAAGGCAACCACAAAUAGGACUCAAAAUUUAAUACAUCUAGGAACUUUUUUCUUAGCGACAUAAAUUUAUGUUAAGUGAAUCAAAAUAAAGUAAAUUUUUAGGAACAAGCAAAGAAUAUUGUAGGAUAGACAGGACAUGUAUCAGUAAAUGACAAGACAGACACAUGCUUCUUGUUAACUUGUUGCAGCCCAACUGCCUCGAUUGCAGUGGCUCAGAGGACAGGCAGGCUGGGAGUAUACAUGUUGCAAAAGUAUUAACACACUAGCAAAACUACAGCUUGAUCAAAUAUAGCAGGCUAAUUUUUAAUUGGACGUACCUGUAUGGCCUGCAAAUGAUAUAAAUACCCAAAUGGCCUUUGGCAGGAAAAAUAGGUUCCCUACCCCUCUCUCUAAGUAUGAGAAGGUGGUGGCAAUCUUGUCCUGUGGUUGUAUGCAUAGUGUUUAGAUAUUCCUUAUGGUAUAAUUAACAUGGAUGUUACAUAAAUUUGCCAGUAAAUGCCAGUGCAAUGACUUCCCAUAUUUUCAUGUACAGGCCACCACCAGGAGUAGCUUGUAGUUUAAAUACCUUGGCAGAUUUGGGUCAAAGUUUGAGUUUCAUAAACAUAAGUUGUUUUUUUUUGAAACUGGCUCAGAUGAGGUCUCCUAGUCUAGAAUUUUUGUUGCACCAUGGUCAUCAUUUCCGGUUGGGAAGCUGCUUUGAGUCUUUAAAUAAAUAGAAAGAUUGAUUUUGCAGUGGGACCUUGGUUAUGGCCUUCCCGAAGAGCCUCAUUUUCCAUGUAGUUGUUUUCACAGGGUACUUUUUUAGUGAUAACGUGGAUAAGCUUUUUUUCCUACCUUUCAUUUCUGACUUUGCUGGUCUGAUGAUGAGAAAGGAGUAUGCUGGUUCUUCAGGGAUUUGAUAAAAAAAAAAAAAUGUAUGUCUUUUGCCAGGUGUUUAUUGCAGGCUUGGAUUUUGAGGCUGGUUGGUGAUUGGUGAUUCCCUCAACAUUAUCCCAACUUACACUUGUACAAUUUUCUUUACCUCCUUAAACUUACUGAAACUUUUAGGUUCACUUAAAUGGAAGAUAACACAAGAAUAAAUUUCCAGCCAUGUAGUUUUAAACCAAUGGUAUUUUAAUUUUUGUUCUUCCUGUUUGUUGCUGGUUUUUACAUUCAUGUACACUCUACCCAAAUAGAAAGUCUUGGUGUUGUAGAGGUGUGAAAUGAGAGAGUGGGGUGGGGGUAGGUGUAGGGGAACAGAUAGUCACAGGCUUUUUAUUUUUGCUUGUACUUGUAGUCUCAACUCAGAAAUAGCAUAAUGCCUUGGUUUCAUUGAUAAAUUGCUGUUGGUUCUCCUGUAUUUAUUUUAGGAGCAUCAUAAAAUUUUCUUUCAUUAUUACUUGUGUCACCCUGCUGCAUGAACAUAAACUUAAUUUGCAUUGUAUUUUUUCUUUGGGAGAACCCUUCACCUUACAGGUGUCCGGAAUCGUUGAUACUGUAUAGGUAUAAAACCUGGUAGGUCUUUAAUGGGGCACUCAAAUCUGGUCUUUUACUUAGUGAGUGCUGCGUCCCAGGAACAACUAUACUUACCACACUUUGCAAAGAAGAUUGAACAAAAUGUAAAACUAAAUAUAAAUAUAUCAUGCUAACAUAAGCAUGAAAUUAAAAGGUUUAAUCUUAUACACUAUCUCUCCAAUACAGUCUCUCUGCUCAGUGGAAAUAGCAUCUGGAAAAGCUUGCAGCAUAGCAGGUGGGAAUAGAGUGGAAUAAAUAAACUAGCAAAAAUACAAAUGUUUCAAGAACAGCGACAUAUUCAAUUUUUUUUUUUAAAUUUUGAGAAGAAAUAUUAAAUGGAAGUGAAUUCCACAUUAAAAGGGCAACAUAUUAAAACAGCAUUGCAAGUUUGACUUAGUCUGCAUCUUGUUUUGUUUUCAGUUUCUUGUGUUGAAUGACACAGUGACAUGCAGGCAUCAACAGAACUGCUGACAGAUCAGGUUUCUAGGUUUAGCAUGUAGCUAUUGGUUUGUUUUAUUUUUGUCAAGAACUUUAAAAAAAUGCCAUUAAUUUUUUUUGUAACUCUUUUGCAAGCAUGUGCAGGUAUCCUUACACAUUCUGCUUACUACCAGAGGGUAAACGGCAUCGUCAUAAAAUUGUGCACAAUGUGAGGCCAAAGGACCGGAUGCAUUUGGCUUUGUGAGUCAGGGCAGCAUAAUUAUUCAUCUGCUAAAAGUGUUAUUUCCUUCUCUCUAUGUGUAGGCUGCAUUAAUCAAUUUUGACACAUUAAACUUGAUAACUUUGAAACCUAUGUUGUGCACAGAGGUGGAAACAUCUGACGAUAUGUUACACACAGACAUAAAAAGUAGAUCUCAUAUACUAAAAAUGUGAGUGAAGAGCUCUCCAAGCUUAAUGUACACAAAGUAGGAAAGAGCACUUACAAGAAGAAUUAUACAUAAAUGUGUAGACUUUAUUAUUUUAGUUUGCUUGUACACAAAAUGCUUGUAACAUUGUGCCAUUUUUUUGUUGUUGCUCAGUUGUGUUUUGCUAUCUCUGCACAACUUGAUGCAUGAGAAGAUUAUCUGAAAAUACUUUGAAAACAAAUUCCUAAGGUCACUGUACACUCUAGAAAAAUUUUUUGUUCUAAAGAUGUUUAUGACAGAAUAAUCAAAUAUAAAAUAGCUAUCUAAAAAAAUGUUUUUAAGUGGUUAUGAUGAAAAUUUUGACUAGUCAAUGAUUAAAAAAAAUAUAACUUUCAAAAAUUGAAUAUUUCUAAUAUCAUAGAUCAUUGAUUUUAGUGUCUUUACAAAGUAAAGUCUUGGAGAUAUGUGUGGUCAAAGUGGGGACCCCCCCAAAAAAUUGAGCCGGACAAAAGUAAAAUUCUUCUCUAAAAGCUAAUUACAGCGAAAAUAAUUCUUAUACAAAAGCCAAUGUUUGUAAUUCCAGAUUAUUUGUGAUAUCAAAAUGAGCAUUACUGAAAAUUUAGAUAAUAGUUUGUACUUUACAAAGACACUAAAAUCAAUGAUUUAUGAUUUUUGGUACUGUCUGAAAAUUAUUUUGAACAAAAUAGUAUGCCCUUUAAAAAAUCAUUACCUUAAAAAUUAUGAUCGUAACUACUUUAAAACAUUUUUAGAUGCUUUAUAUUUGAUUAUUCUGUCAAAAAAUGUUAUUAAAAUCUUUAAAACAACAUGUUUUUCUAGAGUGUACUGUCACUUUAAUUUCUUGUGAAGAUAUCUCCUCAGAGUUGUGCAGUUGUUUUUAGUUUACACGUGCUGUGCACAUAUACAUAGUAAUAAUAAUGCAAAAUUUGUAAAGCACUUACACUCCUAAGGAGCAUGAUCUUAGUGCUUAAGAACAGAACACAUGUAUGCACACACAAAUACAUUUGUAAAAUUUAUCCUUAAACCCAUUAUGCAAGGAUUAAUACUUCAAUCAAGGCCAUAUUGUUCAUGAACUCUCUUAUGCUUCCAAUGACAUGUCAGAACAUCUGGGGUUUUUUUUUCAUCUCUUGCUGACAAGCAAUUUUAUUGAAGACAGUGGACUUAGAAUUUCAGAAAAUGAAAGACAUUGCAGGUUAUUGAAGUGACAGAUGAUUAUGUACAUUCUUUGGCGAUGGAUAAUGCGUGUCAUGUUGCUUAUACUGUGUACAUUUUAAUUUUAUAAAAUUCUGCUUGCAGUUUACUAGUUGUGAUGAUCUACGAUAUGGGUCUUAGUUAAUCUUUACAUUCCAUAGGCUAAUCUGAGAAACAUUUGUUCAGUUUUGAUUGGUUUUCUUUCUGGCAGGGGUUUAUUUUAAUUUUGAACCCACAUUGGUGAUGGUUUUGAGGUGAAGUUGGUUAGGAGAAUAUAAUUUUAUUUGUUCGGAUUGGUUGUGUAUUGCGAAGGAUUAGAGUAAUACAAGGAAUCUUUAGCUGUAUGUUGUCUUAGGUUCCGAUGAAUGAUAAAAGUCUUGAGAUUUGUGUGUAUGCACAUGAACAUCAAGGAAGUUUGCAAUUGCUUGUUUGUUGGAUACUUUAAUUUUCCUCAAGACUGCAGUUACCAUCAUAUUCCCAUUAUCAGUAGUUUAACAUUGCCACAAUGUUAUGUUUUGUUCUUUUGGAAAGGUGAUGAAAGCUGCAAUUUCAACCAAGGCAGCAUAAUUAUACUUUUUAGUAAUGUGUAAUUUGUCUCUUGCUGUCAUAGCUGCGCUUCUCAUUCUUUCUUGCAGUCCACUAAAUACUCACCACUUUUGUCUACAUACUAGAUAUAAAUUUCAUGAAGUUGUUAGAGACCUUCCAAGCAGCAAAAUUUCUCAUACAAAUAGAGGCAGCAGCAAUGGUAGUAGCCUUUGGAAGUCUCCAACAUAUGUGCAGAAAUGUAGAAGGUGGAUGUGCACACACGGUAAGGAAAGGGGAAGAAAAAGAACCUACUGAGGUAACAGUGAUCUUGGAUUUGAUUAAAACAACGUGGCAAUAAUUAGUAUCAUAUAAGUUUAGCCAUGUUUAUCAGAAGUUCAGUCUUCUUGAUGCUGACUUUUGGUGCCAAAGCCUGAAUGUAUGUGGUUCUCAGUAAAAAGGUGAAAAAA